AUGGCCAAGAAGGCCAAGCAGUCCAAGCAGGCCACUGCCUCAUCGGUGUUCACCAAUGAGGGACCAGCCCACCCGACUCUAGUCGCCGCCAACGCAACACCUGACGUGAUGGUGGACUUCCAGGCGUUCUCGCACUACGCUCGCAACGGCGCCAAUGUUUCCAUUCGAGGCUCCCAAGCCAAAGACCUCUCGGAGUCCACACGAGAGAGCGUCGUAUCUCUCUUCGAGGGCAACAUGAAGACUCUGUACCAAGCUUCAGACUGGGGGUACGACCCAGCAGCUAAGCGCAAAGAGUUGUUCGAGGACGAGGCACGGUAUCUCUUGGUCCACGACGAGAGCGUGACCUCCACAGACUCGGAGUCGGUUGCGCCACUCGUGGGCUUCGCGCACUUCCGCUUCGUGGAGGACGACGGGGCGCUCGUUUUGUACCUGUACGAGGUCCAAUUGGCCUCGACGGCGCAACGUCACGGUAUUGGCAAGUUCCUCAUGCAACUCUUGCUGCUGGUGGCGAGGAAGCACGGAAUGGAGCUCAUGGUGCUCACGGUGUUCAAGAGCAACACGGGCGCUAUGAAGUUCUACCGAGAACGACUGGGCUUUGAGAUCGACGAGACCUCGCCUAGUGCGUGCGGAGACGACUCCCAGGACUACGAGAUCCUCAGCAAGAGCGUCGUACCGAACAAAUAG